AAAUUUAUAAUUACCAAAAACCCCUCUGUCAUCUCGUCAUCAUCUCACUACCCAGAGAAACGCAAACAAAUCACAGCUCCCACCACGGCGCCGCCGCCACCUCUGCCCCACCGCCACGGCGGCCGGUGCAACUCCCUUCGUCGCGACCAUUGCGCGCGCAGCCGCCCUCCUCCCCGCAGCUCGGCUUUUCCUGCGCGGGCGCAUGGCUUCCUCUUCUGCCGCCGCCGCCGCCGCCUUCGUCGUCCUUCCCUUCCCCUCCCCAUCGUCCUCCGACGACUCCGACGACGCCGAUACCCUCCCUCCCCCGCCCGUGGCGGAGCCGGAAGCAGCCUCUCCGCACCAUCCUCCGCCUCCACAGCUGCACCAGCUGGAGCGCGACUGCAACUUGGCAAUGAAGGGGCUGGCGCGCGCGGGGGACGUCGACCAGGUCGUCCACCUCUUCUCCGACCUCAUGCUCUCCGCCACAAGCGCCGGCGUCCCGCCCAGCGUGCUCUGCUACAACACGCUCCUCAACGCGCUCGCGGAGGACGGCCGCGCGGUGGAGGCCCGCAGGGUGUUCGACGGAAUGCUCGCGGCGGGCGUGGCGCCCAACGCGUCAUCCUUCAACAUCCUUGUCAAGCUGUACGCGUGGCGGACCGCCGAGUUCCAUCUCGCCUACGACGAGAUCCACGCCAUGCGGCGCCACGGGUUGGUGCCCGACGUCGGCACCUUCUCCACGCUCGUCACGGGGCUGUGCCGUGCGGGGAAGCUUGACGAGGCCUGGGGCGUACUCGAUUGGAUGCUGCAGGAGGGGUGCCGCCCCAUGGUGCACACGUACACGCCCAUCGUGCAGGGCUAUUGCUGUCAGGGCCGUAUUGAGGAGGCUACCAACCUGAUUGGCUUCAUGGAGGAGGCUGGUUGUCCUCCCAAUGCUGUCACUUAUAAUGUUCUGAUAAGGGCGCUGUGCGACGAUGCCAGAUUCGAUGAGGUCAAGCAGGUGUUAGCAGAGAUUGAAAGUAAGGGCCACAAGCCCAGUACGGUUACCUAUAACAUAUACAUGGAUGCUCUUAGCAAGAAAGGCAUGGCUAAGGAAGCACUCAAGCAGUUUGAAGUCUUGCAAGGUAAAGGGUUGCAUCCCACAGCUUUUACUUUGAGCAUCAUUCUAAAUUGCCUUUGCUGUAACUCGAGGUUUUCACAAGCCAUUCCCAUCUUGGAGAGGAGCGCAGAGCUAAAUUGGUGCGCUGCCGUUGUUGCCUACAACACUGUGAUGAGCAGACUAUGUGACAUGGGCAGAUGGCCAGCUGUUCUGGAGCUCUUGGCAAACAUGAUCAAGAAAUGUAUUGUACCAAACACACGUACGUUCAACAUUUUCAUUCAUAGUCUUUGCAUCGCUGAAAAGCUUUCUGUAGCCAAGAAACUGGUCUAUAAUCAAGGGUUUCCUGCAAAUGUUGUGACAUACAAUACACUCAUCCAUUCGUUUUACUUAAGUGGAGAGGCCUGUGAGGCGGAAAGCUUGUUUGCGUACAUGACAGAAAUAGCAAAUAUUGCUCCAGAUGAAGUCACCUAUACCAUAAUGGUUGAUGGACUAUGCAGACAAGGAAAAUUUGAUAAGGCUACCAAUUGUUUUAAAGAGUCUCUCAAGGAUAAACUGUCAAAGGAUCUUCUUACUACCCUUCUAAACAGGCUUGCUCGCAGUGAUAGAAAUGGGAACAUCCUUGUUACAUUCCAAGAAAUCGAAAGACAAGGCUUUGUCUGUGGUUACAACAUGAUAUUCGAGGAUACGGUUAGAUCAAUCUGCCAGGUUGGUUUUCGUCAGCACAUAAAGAUGUUUAAUCUGCAAUUUCUGCUGGAUGGAAUGUUGGGACCUGGCAAGGAAGUGUACCGAGAGGCAAGAGCGCAUAAGGGCCAAGGAAAGUGAUAAAUGAUCGCAAGAAAGAUGGCAACUGAUGAAGUUCAGUUCACUCUCAAUGGUACAUCCAGGAAUAUCCAAUUGCAUUAUAUGUGUCACAGCCUCCAGAAUGUGGGACUUCAGAGGCAAAACAAUGAAGAUGGAAUUAGUAAUGAGGAGGACCACCUUUGGGAAAAAUCUUUUGUUAAACACACAUGAGGAGAAUAGCCAGAUUGCACAGCAGGUAGCUGUAUUAAUCUCCAAUAUUGCAGCUUGGAUUACCCAAAACAGUGGUAUGCAUUUAUGACACAGCCUGCCAAUGUUCUAGCUUCCCAUCAUGUAUUUGGCCCUGUUUCAAACUCCGAAGUAGCUGCCGACUAAACGUUUUGCUGUGGCUCUGAAGAAUUAUGGAGAGGUAUACGUGGAACCUUAGGAAGAGCAAUGUGCAGACUUUCUAUGUUCUUGCAGCGGAAUGACACAGGUUCCAUUUUUGGAGCAAUCAAAUGACCUUAUUUUAAUCUGCAAUUGAUGGUUACUAUGCUUAAAGAUCGUUCGGCAGCUAAAAUUUUCAGGUUAUGCUAGUGCCUCAAGAACAGUGCAGCUAAGCAUAUUAUGAUAUUGUCACUUCUGCUCAUAGUCUCACACUCUCACUGCUACUGAAUGUUCAUAAGCUGUUCCAACACCAAGAUUUGCAAGUAGCUGUGGGGGUCUGGCACUGGCAGUGGCAGGCAAGGGAAGUUUGUCCACCAGUUUUGUGUCUUUCGACAGGCACUAAAUCCUUCUUCCAUAUUAAAAUUCAGACGAUUCCUUCAAAGCAGAGUUGAUGGAAGUCUUUGUUACUUUACAAGGCAGAUAUCCAUAUUGUUUUGUUCACCAAACUGUGCUUCCAACUACAAUUGACCUCAGCCAGAAGAUGUUUACAAAUCCUGAACGGACUGGGGCAAAGGAAGAAAAACUUGGGUACUGGGGCUACACGCUAAAGGUCGUUUUGCCUGGUGAUCGAGUCGAGUUGCUUUUCAACAUUUCUUGGCAAGCAUAUAAUGAUUCAUGUCAGGCUUAUAAGAUUAAAUACAUUAUCUCUUAUUACUGAAACGUUUGCAACUGCUGAACAUGCAAUUGAGCAAAUCUUUUGGUUACGCUUC